GACCCCGCAUUGACUGGAUGAUGGGCUCGAAAUCACGACGUAGGUCCCGCUCUAAGUCCAGAAGUCGGAGCCGUGAGCGGCGAAACAGGUCCAGAGUGAGCAGGUCCCGGUCUCCGGAGUUAAGGAGAGGACGCAGUCGGUCUGCGGACACCAAGAGAACCGCCCGUGGACGGGGACGGUCAGGCAGCAGGAACUCGAGCGAUGGCUCUCCUGACCGGAGUCGGCCUCAACGCAGGGACCGUUCAGGUUCCAGGAGCGACUCUGAGAGCGACAGGAGGCGAGGAGGACCCCACCGGCCCAGGAGCAAGUCGAGGGGUCGAUCAUCAAGUUCUGAUUCAGGUGAUCCCAAAGUGAGGAGGAGAAAGGAAGCAGAGCACCGCAGAGGAGCAUCUCGAGAGAGGAGGAGGGAAAGGUCCCAGUCCAGCUCCGACUCCCGUGAUGGAAGCAGUGACAGAGAAAGGAGAAGACGGAGAAGUCCUGACCGAGGGAGUCCACUCAGGGACAGACUGAGGAGAGAGCGAGACAGAGAAAGGUGGGAGAGCAACAGCAGAGACAGGGACAGGGACAGAAAAGGAGACCAAAGCCGAGAGCACAGGAAGAGGAGUGAAGACAGGGAGCAAGGGAGGAGCAUGGGGAGCAGAGACAGAGGGAGGCAGCGCUCUAGUUCACCCGAGUCGACCGAUAGCUCAGGGUCUGAACGCGGUGGCCGCGUGGUCAAAGAGAAGGAGGAUAAGAAAAAACAGCGGGAGAUGUUGAAAGCUCUGGAGACGCCAGAGGAGAAGAGGGCCAGACGACUGGCAAAGAAAGAAGCCAAGGAGAAGAAGAGGAGAGAGAAGAUGGGCUGGAGUGAGGAGUACAUGGGAUACACCAACGCAGACAAUCCCUUCGGUGACAACAACUUACUGGGCACAUUCAAAUGGCAGAAGGCGCUGGAUAAGAAAGGCAUCGGCCACCUUGGAGAGAAGGAGCUUAAAGAAAGGAACAAAUGUAUUCAGGAGGAGAAUCGCAGAGAGCUGCAGAAGGUGAAACAGCUGCGUCUGGAGAGGGAGCGAGAAAAGGCCAUGAGAGAGACGGAGCUGGAGAUGCUACAGAGAGAGAAGGAGGCGGAGCAUUUUAAGACCUGGGCUGAACAGGAAGACAACUUCCAUCUGCACCAGGCCAAACUAAGGUCUAAGAUAAGAAUCCGUGAUGGUCGUGCCAAGCCUAUUGACCUUUUGGCGAAGUACAUCAGUGCAGAAGAUGACGAUCUAGCUGUGGAAAUGCACGAACCCUAUACUUUUCUCAACGGGCUGACAGUGACCGACAUGGAUGACCUGCUGGAAGACAUUAAGGUGUACAUGGAGUUGGAGCAGGGGAAGAACGUGGACUUCUGGAGAGACAUGACGACCAUCACAGAGGACGAGAUCAGCAAACUGAGAAAACUGGAGGCAUCUGGGAAAGGACCAGGUGAUCGUCGCGAGGGCAUCAACACAGCUGUGAGCACCGAUGUCCAAACGGUGUUCAAAGGAAAGACGUACAGCCAGCUGCAGGCGCUGCACCUCAACAUUGAGACGAAGAUCCGGGCUGGAGGAUCAAAUCUUGAUAUCGGUUACUGGGAGAGUCUGCUGCAGCAAGUCAGAGUCUACAUGGCCAGAGCAAGGUUGAGAGAGCGACACCAGGAUGUGCUGCGUCAGAAGCUGUUCAAGCUCAAACAGGAACAAGGGGUGGAAAGUGAACCUUUGUUCCCCAUCAUCAAAGAGGAGCAGAAGAGUGACGAUGAUGAGGAGACCACACCAGAGGAGCCGGGCCAGUCUUCAUCCUCCUCCACAAGAAAUAAGAACAGAGAAGAUGAGGAUGAGGAUGAGGAGGCAGGUCCAUCAACAUCCAAAGCAAGAGACCAAGAUGAGGAGGAGGGAGGAGAAGAGGGAGACAAGAAGGAUGAUGAGAAGGAGGGCGAGGUGGUGGAGGCCGUGCUGACGGAGGAGGACCUGAUCCAGCAGAGCCAAGCGGAGUACGACUCUGGACGCUAUAGCCCCACGCUGCUCACGUCCUCCGAGCUGCCACUGGACACACACACGAUCACACCGGAGGAGGACACACACAGGCUGCAGUUGGCACGCAGACAGCUACAAGUCACGGGUGAUGCCAACGAGAGCGCUGAGGAUGCCUUCGUUCGUCGUGCCAGAGAGGGAAUGGGCAACGACGAGGCCCAGUUCAGCGUAGAGUUUCCGGUCACAGGGAAGAUGUACCUGUGGGCUGACAAAUACCGUCCCAGGAAACCCCGCUUCUUCAACAGGGUCCACACUGGCUUCGAGUGGAACAAAUACAAUCAGACGCAUUAUGACUUCGACAACCCUCCACCCAAAAUCGUCCAGGGUUACAAGUUUAACAUCUUCUACCCAGACCUGAUCGACAAACGCUCCACCCCGCAGUACUUCCUCGAGCCCAGUCCCGACAACAAGGACUUUGGGAUCUUAAGGUUCCACGCUGGCCCUCCGUACGAGGACAUUGCCUUUAAGAUUGUGAACAGGGAAUGGGAGUACUCGCACCGACAUGGCUUCCGAUGCCAGUUCGCCAAUGGGAUCUUCCAGCUGUGGUUCCACUUCAAGAGGUACCGCUACAGGAGAUAGACGCCCGUACAAGGAUGGACCAAGACCCCAGUCACUGUUAUAUAGGCUGUGCAGUCAAUGUGCUUUGUUGUAUUAUUUUUAGGUGUUUUUACACCAAAAAAACAGUUCAUUAAAAAUACAGAUUACUGUCCUGUUAAAUUGUACUGUAGUCUGAAAAUUACACAUUAAAGACUUGUUUCCUUUUU